UCACAAACUUUCCGCGCCUUUUUCAGUCCAACUUCUAAGCCCCCUCUUCUCUGUCACUCGCUGCUCGCUGUAGAAACCCUAAUAAUCCCAAAAAAAUGCGAAAAUGCCGAUCACAGAAGAGCAGAGACAGAGAGCAGAAGCGAAUCGAUUGGCGGCUUUAGCAAAGAGAAAAGCAUUCACGGAAUCUAUCAUCAACCAACGACAACAACAAGACCAACAUAAUCCAUGGCGGCUCUUCAAGUGCCGAAAGCUCACUCCCGAGCUCGCUUCUACUACCCUUUGCCGGAAUUCGAAUACUCAUUUGGAGCAAAAGUUCCGGGUCCGGCUCGAAAUAUGCUCUCCUGACUCGUUCUCCGUCACGCCAGAGGCUUUACAAGGGUUUGCCUAUCCGGGGGAAGAGGAGUGCUUUAGGAGAUUAAACUGUUGCUUAUCCGAUGUAAUCCCAUCACACUACACGCAAAAUCAUGGAGGUGGAAAAGCCUGCGUUUAUAAGCUUAGAGAUUAUGAUGGAGUUUUGUCCUGUUUAAAGAAUUAUAAGGGCAUUGAAAUUCAGAAGAUACCUUUUGGCACACUAAAUGUUGUCCAAAGACUUUUACAUUCCUUUGAGACUGGGCAAUGGGAACCCCUCAGGCCUGAACAUUUGACUGAUGAAAAUGUUGAUGAAUUGAUAGGGAAACUGCCAAGAAAGAUAUUGGAUGUGCUGUUGCCCUUCCAACUGGAUGGUUUAAGAUUUGGUUUGAGAAGGGGUGGUCGCUGCCUUAUUGCAGAUGAAAUGGGUCUUGGAAAAACGCUUCAGGCAAUAGCUAUUGCAGGCUGUUUCAUGAAUGAAGGUCCUAUACUUGUUGUUUGCCCAGCCAUUUUGCGGUUUUCAUGGGCUGAAGAAUUAGAGCGAUGGCUGCCCUCUUGUUUACCUUCUGAAAUCCACCUUGUUUUUGGUCAUCGAAAUAAUCCUGCAUAUCUAACAAGAUGCCCAAGAGUUGUGGUUAUUUCUUAUACAAUGCUUCAUCACUUGAGAAAGAGCAUGCUUGAGCGAGAAUGGGCUCUCUUAAUAGUUGAUGAAUCUCACCAUGUGCGUUGUUCAAAGAAGAAGUCAGAAUCAAGUGAGAUAAAAGCUGUUCUUGAAGUGGCAGCAAAGGUCAAGCGCAUAGUUCUUUUAUCUGGGACACCUUCUUUAUCCAGGCCAUAUGACAUUUUUCAUCAGAUAAAUAUCUUAUGGCCUGGUUUACUGGGACAGACCAAGUAUGACUUUGCAAAAACAUAUUGUGCGGUUAAAUAUGUCCGGACUUCUGAAGGGAAACACUUCCAGGAUUUCUCAAAGGGCAUUCGCUUGGAGGAAUUGAACAUGUUACUUAGACAAACUGUUAUGAUAAGGCGUUUGAAGAAGCAUGUGAUGGAGCAGUUACCACCAAAACGUCGAAAAAUCAUAAGAUUGUUGUUGAAGAGAUCUGACAUAGUCUUAGCAAUGACUGCUGUUGGGACUGUGACUGAUGAUGCUUCUGAAGAUAGUAGGGCUAUUUGCAAGUCAAGCCAACUUUCUUAUCAAGAGCUUGGUGUUGCAAAACUGUCUGGAUUUCGUGAAUGGCUUUGCAUUCAGCCACUCAUUUCAGAGUCAGAUGUGGAAGCAGAAUUGGAUGUAAACCCCAAUGCUCAAAAAAUGAUAAUUUUUGCUCAUCACCAUAAAGUCCUUGAUGGAGUGCAGGAGCUCAUGUGUGAGAAAGGGGUUUGUUUUGUUCGCAUUGAUGGAAACACGCUUCCUAAAGAUAGGCAAUCAGCUGUACAUUCAUUCCAAUCUUCAAAUGAGGUUAAGAUUGCAAUAAUUGGCAUAACUGCUGGGGGUAUUGGACUUGAUUUCUCCUCAGCUCAAAAUGUCGUGUUCUUGGAGCUGCCUCAGUCCCCAUCACUGAUGCUUCAGGCUGAAGAUAGAGCUCACAGGCGAGGGCAGACAAAUGCAGUCAACAUUUACAUCUUUUGCGCAAAGGGAACUAUGGAUGAAAGACAUUGGCAAUACUUAAACAAGAGUCUGCAUCGUGUUUCAUCAACUACAAAUGGAAAAUAUGAUGCAGUACCAGAGAUAGCAGUUGAUGAUAUUUCCUAUCUAGAAACAAUGGGUAAAACUGAGCAAUGUCAUGAAGAUCAAGUUCUCGAUAAACAAUAUGGCAAGCUCUCUGCCACAGAGCUGAGGAAAUUAACAGAUUCUGGCUCAGCACAGGGUACACGACCUUUUGAAACCCAUGAUGAAGCAGCUGGAAUGAUAAAUGAUAGACCCAGAGAACAAGCUAGUUCUGGUGCCGCCUCUGUUCAAGCAGAUGAUUUUCAUCUUGAGGUAGAAAAGGCUAGUGGUGUACUUGAUCAAGAACUAUACAAUUAUAUUGUUGCAAAUGAAAACCUAGAGAGAAAUGUGUCUGAAAGUGAAAUUAGUGGGGUUUCUUCUUCUAUGUUGGAUAAGGGAAAUGGAGGCAAGGAUCAGUUAGAAAAGGGACAGAAAAGUUAUUCUCAAACAACAGAAAUAGACAACCAUGGAUCUGUUCAGGAAGAUGAUGAACCUUUCUCCAACCAAGUACACUCUCUGCGCUUUGAGGUAAGUAAAUAUACUGGGAGGAUUCACCUGUAUUCCUGCAAUCCGGGGACAGACUCAAGGCCACAGCCGCUAUUUGAAAAUUUCCGCCCAGAGGAACUUGAGACACUUAAUUCUCCAGUGGCCAAUGACAACAAGGAAAUAACUUCUAGAUCUUUCAAUGGCAACCCAGCAUAUAGGCGUGCUCUUCUUGCAUUCAUUAAUGAAUGGAAUAAACUAAGGCCCAUUGAGAGAAGGAAACUAGUUGGAAAGACUUUGCAGCUUCCUCUAUCUAUUGAGUUGUGCUACUUGAAUGAAAAUAUUAACCACAGUACUGAGGGACUGCUGAAGGGUGGAAGCAAGCGACGCAUGACUCCUUGGGAUGAGAUUAGCUACCCUUUACCAUCAAAUGCUGUUUGGAAAAAGGUAAAUCUAUCAGGUAGCUAUGGAAAGAAGGAAAAACAAUACACGCAGGGUUGGACCCUAAUGGAUGAGCCACUAUGUAAACUCUGUCAAACACCGUGCAAGGGCAACAAUGCCAAGACACCUGAAUUUUUUGAGGAUCUUUUCUGUAACCUUAGCUGCUAUGAAGAAUAUCGCGUAAGGACUAGUAGCAGAUCCCUUCGUCAGGAACUUUUUCAAAUAGAACAUGGGGUUUGCAUGAAUUGCCAGUUAGACUGUCAUCAACUUGUGAAGACCAUAAAACCUUUAUCAUUGGAGAGGCGAAGAGAAUAUAUAGAGAAAGUAGCACCAAAUGUGGCCAGUCGGAAGAAAUUAAUUGAUAAGCUUGUGAAUAAUCCAUAUGAAGGCAAUGCAUGGCAUGCAGACCAUAUUAUUCCUGUCUACCGAGGUGGAGGUGAAUGCAGACUAGAGAACAUGAGGACUCUUUGUGUUGCAUGCCAUUAUGAUGUUACAGCAGCACAACGUGCUGAACGACGUGUAACAAGGGCCAAGGCCAAGGAACAGCUCAAAGUCAUUAUGAAUGACCUCAAAUAUAACCAGAAUAUGGAGGAGAUUGACAGUAAUUCUAAGGGCCUACGACAUUCUGAGAUGCAAGACGAUGUAGUUGAAGAUGAACUUUUUGUCAAAGUUCCUGGAAGUGCCUAUUCUGCAGAACAAGACACAUAUCCUGAAGGCAAAGACUUGAAGACGUAUUCAUUAGAAAUACAGUGAAGAAGAAUCUGCAUACAGCAGCAUUAAAUUCAUACAUGUGGCACCAUUGAUUCUACCUGUCCCAUUUAAUAAUAGCUUGUGUAUCCUUCCUUAACAUGUAAAUUAAGCUAGCACAGGUUUGCAGCCUAGCUGGCUUGCAAAAUUGGAGUAGAAACAUAAAUGGCUUGACAAUGAUUUGAACAAUUCUGCUCUAUAUUUUUCAUCAUGGCAAUGCCUUCUCAACCUUGUUAUGUAUUUAGUCAAGCAGUAUUUUAACUAGUAA